AUGACUUGUGAGAUGUUGGAACUUGGUGUUCUGGGAGCUCAAUUGCCAUCCUACUUUGAGAAGUGGAAUGAACUGGCAAAGUCUUUACCAAGCCUGUUGCGAGAGAAAAAAGUGCGGGAAGCUGUUCAUCAGCUUCCCCUGCUGGACCAUAGUUUGCUCCAAGGUCACCAGCAGCUUCGCCUGGCUCACCUACAACUGAUCAUGAUCACAGCUUACUAUAUUUGGCAAGAUGGAGACAGUGGUGUGCCUAAGGUUUUGCCCAAAAAUGUUGCCAUUCCAUUAUACAAAAUUUCUGAAGAACUUGGAAUAAAGCCGAUUUUAGGACAUGUUGACCUUGCUUUGGCAAACUGGGCUCUUAUUGAUGAAAGCAGGCCUAUUGACUUUGGAAAUCUGAAAUGCCUGUAUGAGAUUCCCGGGGGCUUUGGUGGACAGUGGUUCUUUAUUGUGACUUUCAUGGUGGAAUUCACCUUUGCUGGAUGCUUGAAGCCCAUUGUUCGAGUUGCUGACAUGUUGCACUCUGUGAAAGAUAAAGGCUCUGGGGAUCAAGCUGAAAUCUCAGAUAUCUCGAGGAAAAUAACGGCCUGUUUGGAAGACAUUUGUGAAACCACAUGCUCUUUGAAGAAAGUUCUUACAAGGAUGCAUGAUCACCUUUCUGCCAAAACAUUUUUCAAUUCACUGAGGCCAUUUUUGGCUGGGUGGGGUGGUGAGGGUAAUGCUCUACCCGAGGGACUCAUAUAUGAGGGGAUUUCCGACACACCUAUACAGCUUCCUGGUGGCAGUGCAGCUCAGAGUUCGACCCUGCAGGUGAUAGAUGCACUUCUGGGAGUGGAGCACACAGAAGACAAAAAAGAAUUCCUUAAAUUCAUGCAAGAGUUCAUGAUACCAGACCACAGACGGUUUAUUCAAACUUUUGAGCAGAUGCCCUUCAAGCUACGACAAUUCAUGGAACAGAAUCCCCACCCUAAGCUCUUGGAUGUCUACAACAGAUGCAUCUCAGCUCUUGUGAACUUACGGAAAUAUCACAUACAGAUCGUGACGAAGUACGUUGUGAUUGCAUCAAAAGAAACAAAUGAAGGGAAUUAUGAGAGUCUUGAUUCCAAGGGGACAGGAGGAACAAGCCUCAUUCCUUUUCUGAAAGCAGUGAACAUGGACACACAAUCCAAGUUUGUGAAUUCCAAUGCUGAAUCAAACGCUAAGUCAAAAACUUUGAGUUUCCUGAACACAAUCUUCCACUCCAGGGCUACAGCUUGUGUACUUGUAGGGCUUGCUAUAAGUUUUACUGCAAGUGCUGUCUUUAAACGUCUGAAACUCUGAUAAAGAGUUUCAUGCGUAUGUUAUCUUUUGUUCAAUAAAAGUUUUUUUGCUGAAGCAUUGUCCCAGUGAUCAUUCUGUUAUUUAAAGAACAAAAUGUAAUAAUAUUUGAUAUAUAAAUCUGUGAAGAAACUAAUGACUUUUAACUUUUAAAAAUCAGUAUCAUGUUUCACCAUAAAACAACUAAAAUGCACUGAUUUAGUGAUAAACAAACCAUUGUUGUUUGAGAGAUUGACAUAGCUUGCUCUUCCUAUUUUUUAAAACUUUUUUUUACACUGUAGAUAUGUUUUAAAUUUCAUUGGCAAACAGAACUUUUACUUGAUGCUUGCCGAAAACAUAAAUAUUUUCUCUUCUGUUUGCUUUUGCAAGUCGUAUACGUUUAUUUUUCAGUGUUUGUUGUGUUUGGAAAAAAAACCUCUCAUUUUUGUUGUAUUUCCUCAAGGAAAAGUAAGUCCCGAAUCUUUUUUGCACAUCAUAAGGUGAUGAUAAUUCUUUGCAAGGAUUUUUUAGUAAGAUUUAGUGAAAAUUCACUGAAGCUCACAAACUCACAUGCAAGUGAUUUAUAUUGUCCAACGUCUGUGCACUUUGUAAAGUCAGAUUGUCCGCUUUUCUUUUUCUCUUUUUCUUCCACUUUAUUUUCCAGUGUACACAAUACUCAGAGAUUUUGGCAGUAACUAAAGAAUGCAUUAUAUGAACUGCACAAUCUCUUAUCUUUUUCUGUACACAAUAAUGGUUUUGUGAAUACUGUCCAAAUCAACUGCCUUCCCCGAGUGUAUGGAAAUUUUACAUUACACACACAUCAAACUAUUUAUUAAUCAAAUAUUUGUUCUGUUGAGACGGGCAUUUUUUUUUUUUAUCUUCGUUCAAUUUGAACAAUUUAUAUUGGUCUAAACUUUACAAAUGAGGAUAUUCACAUGAUACAAGUAAGUGUUUGACUUCAGAUUUGUGCCCUGAUUUUUAAGCUAUAAGCAUGUGGCUGAAUCUGUGAUGAAAUGUAUUAUGUUUCAAAGAAUUUAAAUUGUUGUUGCUUAAAUGGUUGCUGAUCUUUCAUAGACUAAAAAAACAUUACAUAUAUUUAUUUUCAUAUGAUGUAUGACAAAUGUCCAUGACUUUUAAGAAGGAAGUUCAUACAAGUCAUUUUUACAGUAUUGUAAUAAGCAGAAGUAUAUUUUUGUUGCUUUAUCUUUGGUAUUGUUGCUGACUGUUCUCCACUAUGUAGCUUUGACAUGAUUAAUGGUAAAGUUUUUUUGGCUAUUACAAAGCUUAUUACAUGUGAUGCUUCACUUUCUCCACUUUGUAGCUUUAACAUGUUUUUUUUAAGAAUGAUAUCAUUUGAUAGCUUUUACAGAAUUCAUUUCAUGUGAUGGUAUAGUUUGUUAAUUUUUUAUAAUUUUGGACAAACCUAAUAAAAAUAAAGAUCAAGUGUG